AUGCUGCUGCUCGCGCUGGGCCCGCGCGUGCUCCACUGCGCCACCGCGCGGGACCCGGCGCCCCACCCAUCCUUGGCAGCCGCGUGCUCCACCGUCGGCGGGGCGGCGCGGUGCCUGGGGGUUUCACGGGGCAGUGACGGCGGUCACGGGACCAGGAGAGGAGUAGGAGGAGGAAGAGGGGUGAGGGCGGAGGCGGCGUACUUCUGGGACGUGUCGGUGCCGGUGGAGAUGGGCGAGAUCCACAGCAUGGAUACGCUCGACGCCGCGCUCGCCUCCUUCGUCGACCACAACCAGCCCACCAACGUCGAUUGGAUGGCUAGCUGGUGCCGGAAAUGCAUCUACCUCAAGCCCAAGAUGGAGAAGAUAGCAGGAGAAUUCCCACGAGUUAGGUUUUACUUUGUGGAUGUCAAUAAAGUUCCACAUGUCGUGGUAAAAAGAGUGUAA